AUGAAUUUCCAAAGUUUUGAUUUUAAAUGUUUGUUUAUUUUUCUCUCAUUUGUGAGCGCUGCGAAAUUCGAGGAUGAAAUUUCAUGCGAAAAUCUCUCAACCAUCGAGACUCACCCACUCGAAUGCUGCAUUUAUCCACAAUUUAUUGACGAUUUAUCCGAGGUCACAUAUAAAUGUUCAACAUUAUGUAAAGCACUUCCAUCGCCGCCCUUUUAUUGUCUGAAAAAUUGUAAAAUUAGUGAGUCAGGCGUGAUUGCUCGUGGAAAAUUCAAUGGAUCUAAAGUUAUUAACUUAUUUUACGAGGGUGGCUACAAAGAUCCAACAAACUUGACUGAAAAAUGGACAAAAGUUGUCAAAAAAUCAUUAAAAACUUGCGACAAAGAAGUUCAAACAGAAUCAGACAUAACCAGCGAAGACUACAACUUCUUUUACACAAAAUUCAUCGAAUGUGUUAGAAUGGAAAACUUCCUUAACUGUCCAGACUACUCAAAGGCUUCAAAUUGUCAGAAAAUCAACAAAAUAAUGUCUAAAUGUGAUGAAUCAAAUUAUCCAAUGCUGCAUGAGUACUUCUUUGAAGAAUUUUAUUACAAAAAUAAUAAUAAUGUGACUCUGAAGUGGACGACUAGGACAACCACGUUAGGAACUCCGUACCCAACUGAGGAGACUACGGAAACGACUACGGAAACGACUUUGGAAACGAGCACGCAAACAACUUCGGAAACGACCACGAAUAGGACAACAGAAAUGACUUCAGAAACGACAACCAAGGUAGCAACAAAGGAAGCAACAGAGAAGACAAUAAAAGAGACAACGGAGAACCCAACAGAAGAGACUACGACAGAGGAUAUCAGCACAACAAAGGAGUUUACAACUAAGGAACUAAGCACACCAGAAAGUGUUGUGACUACAGAAUCAAAGUCAAGUCCUUCAAGUUACACAAAGACAAAUUCUUUAAAUAAGACAACAACCAAGAAAGUGACUCAGAUUCCAACAAAACCGAUAACUGUGGCUGCGAUAAGAGCAAAUGUGACGUCGAAAAUAGGAUAG